CUUUAAUUUUGACAUGCAGCGACGGUUCGGCGCAUCGGUGGGAGGUGCCGAAGGUGGUGCUCACAACCACAGCGAGAGCGCCCAGCAGAUGCAAAAACGACCUCGCGAUUCCAUCGUGAUUCGGAUGCGCACCUAUCGUCCUCGUCAUCCCAUAGCGACCCGCAGACUUUAGCCCAUGUC